AUGGAGGCUGUGAAGAAUGGCACUGCAGCACAACACACAGACCUGACCACUAUGAAGACUGAAGUGAUGAACCUGAACAAGGAACAAGCAGCACAAGAGGCAGAACUGGUAGUGCUGAAGACAAGGAUGGACACUGGUGAAGUGCAAGUGGAGACCAGAUUGUCUGCUAGUGAGACUGAGGUGGAGAAACUCAAGAUGGAAGACGCAGCACAAGAUUCAGAGCUGACAGAUGUGAAGACCAGACUGACUGCAAGUGAAACUGAAGUAGUGAAUCUGAGGAAGGAAGAUGCAGCACAGACAGCUGAUCUGAAGUCAGUUACUGAGAGACUGGGAGCCACUGAGAAUGACAUGGAGGCUGUGAAGAAUGGCACUGCAGCACAACACACAGACCUGACCACUAUGAAGACUGAAGUGAUGAACCUGAAGAUGGAACUGUCUGCCAGUGAGACUGAGGUGGAGAAACUCAAGAUGGAAGACGCAGCACAAGAUUCAGAGCUGACAGAUGUGAAGACCAGACUGACUGCAAGUGAAACUGAAGUGGUGAAUCUGAAGAAGGAAGCUGCAGCACAGACAGCUGAUCUGAGGUCAGUUGCUGAGAGAGUGGCAGUCACUGAGACUGACAUGGAGCACGUGCAGAAAGACACUGCAGCACAACACACAGACCUGACCACUACGAAGAUGGAAGUGCUGCACCUAAAGAUUGAACAAGCAGCACAAGAUUCAGAGCUGACAGAUGUGAAAACCAGACUGUCUGCCAGUGAGACUGAAGUGGUGAAUCUGAGGAAGGAAGCUGCAGCACAGACAGCUGAUCUGAGGUCAGUGACUGAGAGACUGGUAGCCACUGAGACUGACAUGGAGAACGUGAAGAAAGACACUGCAGCACAACACACAGAGCUGACCACUAUGAAGACUGAAGUGAUGGACCUGAUCAAAGAACAAGCCGAACAAGAGGCAGAGCUGGAAGUCCUGAAGAGAAGGAUGGAGACUGGUGAAGCCCAAGUGGAGACCAGACUGUCUGCCAGUGAGACUGAGGUGGAGAAACUCAAGAUGGAACAAGCAGCUCUUUGA